AUGGAUACGACUGUUGACUUCAGUCCCUACCGCGCCGAUGGCAAGCUUUAUGGCUUUGUCUGCGUUGUCACAGGAGCCGCUCAGCCUGUUGGACGGGCUAUCAUCGAGGAGCUGGCAGCUCAUGGGGCCGCUUCUAUAUAUGCAUGCGACAAGACGGCCAGUGAUGAGACGUUCAAGCCUCUCGUCACCAAGGUGCACCAAGAGCACCCCAACACCAAGAUUAUUCCCUAUCCAUUCAACGUUGCCAAAGAAGAAGAGACUCUGGUUCUCAUUGACGAGCUUCUCAAUGCCUUUGGGCGCCUCGACAUUUGGGUGUCAUCCGCAGGCCUGCUCGGGCCCCCAUCCAUCAACGAAACGACACCAGCCGACCUCCAGCGGUGUUUCGAGGCACAUUCCAUGGCGCCCUUCUUCGCGCUCAAGUAUGCGCCUCCCGCCAUGGCCAAACUGACGGAGAAGCAAUCGUACCCGAACGCGGCGCCAAAGAGCCAAAAGUACGGCAGCAUCAUCGUCAUCAGCAGCGUGGCAUCGACGUAUGGCGGGUGCUGGGGGCCGUGCUACACGAUGGCGGCCCACGCCGCGCUUGGUGUCGUGAAAGCCGGCGUUGCUGUGCUCAAAGGUUCGGGGGUGAGGAUCAACUGCAUUUCUCCGGGCCAGAUCGACGUUGGCCUAGAUUUGAACGGGGUGAGAGUGCUCUGCUUCCCCAAGCUGAGCAGAACGGUACUGAUCAGUGUUGCCAUACAGGUCGAUAUGAAGGGAAUGAACUCCCAGUUCCCGCCUGCGGUCUUGCAAGGAAAGGAAGCAUCGGAAGCAAGCGUGGGCCUCGAGCGACCAGGUAGCCCUCAAGAAGUAGCUCGAGUAGCCGGAUUCCUAGCUUCGGGCUUCAGCUCCUAUAUCACGGGAGCAAACCUGGUGGUCGACGGCGGCUCUUCUGCCAUGAACCCGCUUACGAUACCCCUCGGCAAGGCGUAA